GUGUCGGCCGCCGACGACUUCUACCGCUUCGUGAACCACGCGUGGCUCUCGGACGAGUCCAUCCCCAUCCCGGAGGAGUACCCUAGCUGGGGCAGCUUCGUCAAGCUGAUCGACGACUCCAUCAAGUGCCAGGUCCGGCUGGCGAACGAGCUGAUCGACGGAGCGAGCACCCCCGACGAGAAGAAGCUCGCGCUGACCUGGAACGCCACCAUGAAGUGCUUCGAAGAUUGGGGGAAGGGCCUGGGGGACUACGGUUGCAUUAUUGACGAGAUUCAAGUGUUGGGUGCGCAUCUCGAGGGUGAUGGAGAGACCUUCAGGAACGGUCUCGCAAAAUACAUGAGCCGUUGUCAAACGAUAGACGUAGAGUGCCCCUUUACGUUCGGCAAAGAAGCGAAUCUGAAAGACACCGAGAACAUUGUGCUGGACUUAAGUCCGUCUGGAACUUCCUUGCCUGGCCGAGAUUAUUACAUGGAUAGCAAGUUUGAGGAGCAGCGGGGAUUCUUCAAGGCUCACCUGGAGAAUGUGGCGGGCCUGAUUGGAGCCGAUCACCUGACAGGCGACUUUGUCGCCCGUGUGACUCGUUUCGAGAAGAAGCUGGCGCAAAUCAGUAUGAAGGAUGACCAGCAGCGCCUGUAUGACCAGUACUUCAACGUGACGACGUUGGACGAGAUGAUGAAGGAUCCCAAUGCCAUGAAGCACCUCGAAGCGAAAGACGCGAACUACGCCGAGCAUGAAGUCGAGGAUGCGGAUCCUGAUAUGCAAGUUUUGACGAGUCAAACAUGGAUUGCGAGCGCUUCAGACUCGGAGCUGGCGGCCACCUUCUGGAAACAGGUUGUCAGUGACAUGCAAUUGCGCGAAAUCAUGUCCGCGAACUACGCCAAGAAUUAUCCAGAGCGUAGCGAUGCCGAGGAGGCGCAGUAUCGUAUGAUGUUGUUCGAUGGUGACUACUUCAGACGAUUGUUUCCAAUUAUUCUGCGGGAAUCAAAUCGCGACGACGUGAAGGCUUAUUUGCAGUACCAGAUCAUCAGCUCAAUGCGAUCAUUUUGCACUAAGGCCUUAGAUGACGAGUUUUUUGAUUCAUCGCGCAAGCUCGGGGGCAAGAAGGAGCAGAAGCCGGCCGAGAAGCGCGCCGUCGAGAGGAUGAACUCUUGGCUGGGCGAGCUGAUGGGCAAGGUGUAUGUUGCCAGGUACUUCCCUGAAGAAGACAAGACGGCGGUGCACGGCAUGGUCAAGGACGUCUUGGGCAUCAUGGAGAAGUCGCUGAAAGGGAACGACUGGCUGACGGACGCGACAAAGGAGAAGGCGUCCUUGAAGCUCUCUCGGUUUGUUGCCAAGCUGGGAUCUCCUGAUAAGUUGAAAAGCUAUGACACCCUUGAUUUGGUCGAGUCGGACACUUUGAUUGGCUUGCGGGGUAAGGUGGUUGCAUUCAACAAGCGAACUGAAUUCUUCGAUAAGAUCAACAGCGCCAAGGAUAAGACAAAAUGGGAGAUGAAUCCGCAGGAUGUCAAUGCGUACUUCCAUCCCUUAAACAACGAAGUCGUAUCCACCUGCUGCUGCAAAGCGCGGCGGCGGACCACCGCGCACUGGACCACUGCGACCUGA